AUGGCUGCAAGUACAGAAUACAGAAAUACACCUCUUAAGUUACCAGCUGAUGUUGCUGAAGAAUUAGCAACAACUGCCAAAAAUCUUGUUGCUCCAGGAAAGGGUAUUUUGGCUGCAGAUGAAUCUACACAAACAAUUAAAAAGAGAUUUGAUACAAUAAAAUUAGAAAAUACCAUAGAAAAUAGAGCUAGUUAUAGAGAUUUAUUAUUUGGAACAAAAGGUUUAGGUAAAUUUAUCUCAGGUGCAAUUUUAUUUGAAGAAACUUUAUUUCAAAAAAAUGAAGGAGGAACCCCUUUAGUAAAUUUGUUACAUAACGAAGGAAUAAUACCAGGAAUUAAAGUAGACAAAGGAUUGGUUCCAAUUCCAUGUACAGAUGAUGAAAAAGCAACGCAAGGAUUAGAUGGUUUAGCAGACAGAUGUAAGGAAUACUAUAAAGCUGGAGCAAGAUUUGCCAAAUGGAGAGCUGUUUUAGUAAUUGAUCCAGCUAAAGGAAAACCAACAGACUUAUCUAUUAAUGAAACAGCAUGGGGAUUAGCUAGAUAUGCAGCUAUUUGCCAACAAAAUCGUCUUGUUCCAAUAGUUGAACCAGAGAUAUUAGCAGAUGGUGCACACACAAUUGAAGUAUGUGCAAAUGUAACACAAAAAGUUUUAUCUUGUGUUUUUAAGGCAUUGAAUGAUAAUGGUGUCUUAUUAGAAGGAGCAUUAUUAAAGCCAAAUAUGGUAACAGCAGGAUAUGAAUGCCCAAAACCCGCAAAAACACAAGAUGUUGGUUUCUUUACCGUAAGAACAUUAAGAAGAACCGUACCACCAGCUUUACCAGGAGUUGUGUUUUUGUCUGGUGGACAAUCAGAAGAAGAAGCUUCUAUUAAUUUAAAUUCAAUCAAUGCAUCAGGACCACAUCCAUGGGCAUUAACUUUUUCGUAUGGAAGGGCUUUACAAGCUUCUGUUUUAAAUACAUGGAAAGGAAAGAAGGAAAAUGUUGCAAAAGCUAGAGAAGUUUUAUUGCAAAGAGCCGAAGCUAAUUCUUUAGCUACAUGCGGAAAAUAUAAAGGAGGAGCAGGUGGUGAAAACGCUGCUACAUCAUUAUACGAGAAAAAAUAUGUUUAUUAA